UAUUUUUCCAAAGGCAAUAUCAGUUAAGCAAGGUUACAGACACCACUAAGGACUCCAUCGAGCAAACUAUAAAACUAGGUGAGGUCAAACGGCCGCUGGACGCAAUGGAAAAACUACUGAUCCAGCUGGAAGGAGUCAUUCAAGAACCAAUGUCAUCCGGCACUGAAAUCCUCUCUCUCUCCUCUGAGCUGAUCCAGAGAUUAGGUGGUGUCUCGCUAUGCGUCUGUGAUUCCGGUAUAUACCGAUCCCAAGCCGUCACCACCUUACAGGAGGUCUCUUUACUCUCUCGUUGCUACGGGCUGCAAUUUCGGUCGUUCCGAUUAGCUUUAAAUGUACUUCGUCUAUCAGGAGCGUUGCCCAUUUUGGUGAAGAAGAAUUCAUUAAAGUAUACAGCUUUUCCACCUACUGCACCUGGGUUGUAUCAACUUCCCCCACUGUAGUUAUUAGAACAUUCACUGGUAAAUUGUGUUAUUUUUUUCGUUGACAAAUUUUGUGUGUUGCUUUGUUUGCAAGUGGAAUGUGUUGAUAGAUUUUUAUAAUUAUUUUAAAUUAUU